CUCUCUGACCUCGACUUUGCGCGCGAUCGACUCUUUUUCAGAACCGGAACACUUCGACAAUCUGAGGAAUUGCCUGGAGCCGAAGGACUUCCUCAAGAGGGCACGGUCCCUGAUGGUGGUCGUGUCGACCCCGCCUACGCAGAAUUACGAGGAGUUCACCAAGAAGGUCAGAGAGUACAGCAGCAAGGAGCCGUUCAACUUUGUCAUACCUGAAUUGCUGAGAAAAUACGAGAAGUACGUGUCGAUUCACGCCGCCUAUCUUUACGAUUCCGUGAAAUUGUACGCGAGAGCCCUGGAUCAACUGCUUAGGGAUCAGCCGGAGCACACGCUCGAGGAGAUCGCGAACAAUGGCACCCAGAUCAUCGAGACGAUUAUCAGAAAUCACACGUAUCAGAGUGUCAGCGGAGCGACCAUCAAGUUCGACAAGUUCGGCGACUCGGAGGGGAAUUUCUCGGUGCUCGCCCUGAAGAAGGAUCCGUUCCGUUUCAACAACUUCUCGUGCGACUUUCAAAUGAAGCCUGUAGGCCAAUUUCAACAGGGUGAAACUCUAGUGUACAGGCCGUCGGAGGCGAUGGACUGGCCGGGUAAGAAUAAGCCGGAAGCGGAACCGGGAUGCGGUUUCCUCAACGAACACUGUCCCAAAGACGACACGCAUUUGCGAAGUAUCGUUGCUGCCGGUGUGUUGGCCGUUUUGUUAUUCUGCGCCGCGGUAAUCACUAUGAGCAUAUAUCGAAGAUGGAAGAUAGAACAGGAAAUCGAGGGAUUGCUGUGGAAAAUCGAUCCGAACGAGAUACACGGCUAUCCUCAUCUUGACAACAUGAUGUCCUCCCCUAGUAAGUUAAGCUUAGUUAGUGCAAUGUCCUACGAGUCAAGAUGCGGGGGCCAGGUGUUCGCGCAAACUGGGCAUUACCACGGGGUGGUGGUUAGGAUAAAGGAGUUAAAGUUCUCGAAGAAGAAGGAUAUAUCGAGGGACGUGAUGAAGGAGAUGCGUAUCCUUCGCGAGAUCAGACACGGUAACCUGAACUCUUUCAUCGGAGCGUGCGUCGAGCCAAUGAGGAUAUUGUUAAUUACGGACUAUUGCGCCAAAGGAAGUCUUUAUGAUAUUAUCGAGAACGAAGAUAUCAAGUUGGAUGAUAUGUUCAUCGCUUCAUUAGUUCACGAUCUCAUUAAAGGUAUGCUGUACAUUCACGAGUCAUCUGUACUAGUCUGUCAUGGUAAUCUGAAGUCUUCCAAUUGCGUGGUGACAUCGCGAUGGGUACUCCAAGUCUCUGAUUUUGGCCUGCACGAUAUGCGACACUGCGCCGAAUCCGACAGCAUUGGUGAACAUCAGUAUUAUCGAAACUUAUUCUGGAAGGCACCUGAAUUAUUAAGAAAUCCCAAUGCUCCGAUCAGAGGGACCCAGGAAGGAGAUAUUUACUCGUUUGCGAUUAUAUUGUUCGAGAUAAUCGGGCGGAAGGGUCCAUAUGGUGGCGUGAAUCUAGAACCCAAAGAAAUCAUUGACCGAGUGAAAAGGUUCCCAGAAGAUGGUGAACCACCGUUUAGACCUAACAUAGACAUACUGUCCGAGUCUGAAGCGGAUUGUGCAGAGUAUAUAGUUAGUACGAUUACCGACUGUUGGGCGGAAAGUCCAGAACUUAGGCCUGACUUCAAAAUGAUAAGGACGAGAUUAAAGAAAAUGAAAGCGGGAAGGCAUCGCAAUAUCAUGGACCAAAUGAUGGACAUGAUGGAGAAAUAUGCGAACAACCUCGAAGAUCUAGUCAGUGAACGUACACGCCUUCUUUUCGAGGAAAAGCAAAAAACCGAAGAUUUACUUCAUAGAAUGUUGCCUGAACCCGUUGCAAAUUGUUUGACGAAUGGAAUCGGUGUGGAACCUGAAGCUUUCGAUUUAGUUACUAUAUAUUUCAGCGAUAUCGUUGGUUUUACUGCAAUGUCAGCGGAAAGCACACCUUUCCAAGUAGUAAACUUCUUAAAUGAUUUAUACACUUUGUUCGACCGUAUAAUCAAAGGAUAUGACGUAUAUAAGGUAGAAACAAUCGGUGAUGCCUAUAUGGUGGUUUCUGGUUUGCCGAUAAAAAAUGGAAAUAGACACGCUGGAGAAAUUGCGUCAAUGUCCCUAGAAUUGCUUAACGCUGUGAAACAUCACACCAUAACUCACAGACCUCAAGACACUCUUAAAUUGCGUAUUGGAAUUCACACAGGCCCUGUGGUAGCAGGUGUUGUUGGUUUAACGAUGCCUAGAUAUUGUUUAUUCGGAGAUACCGUAAAUACAGCUUCGCGCAUGGAAUCAAAUGGCGAACCAUUACGUAUUCACAUAAGCGAGCAAUGCAAAGAUGCUUUGGAUAAGGUUGGCGGCUAUAUUAUUGAAGAACGUGGAUUGGUUUAUAUGAAAGGAAAAGGAGAAGUGAAAACUUAUUGGCUCACUGGAGCCACUGAAAAAGCUAUUCAAAAACGAGAGGUCGAUGUCGGUGAUCUUCCACCACUUUUUUGUAGACCGAGGAGAAGUCCGAAAUUAAAUUCAGAUUCUCGCCAAGCUUCGUUGUUAGGUGGUUUAGGAGCAGGUAGUCGCAGACAGUCGAAUGUUCCAAGACCGACACCGGAUGAUUCAUCAUCUCAAUGCGGAGGAUCCAGUCCAGUGCCUAAAUCUCUUAACUCUCGAAAAGUAGAACAUUCUCCUCUGUACUUGACCGAUAGUGUAUCAAAAACAACGUUAGAUAAUAUCGCAUUACAAGAAGAAGUUGAGAAUCGGGCGGCUAACAUUAAAAUGGCACUUGAUGAUUUUUUUAUCGACACAAGGCUAAAAUUUAGAAAAAAUGCAAGAGUUCUAUCGACCAUUGCUUCAUCAUCUUCUACGAGUGAUUAUCCGUUCCAAACGAUAAUACGAGAAUCUCGUUCCUUAGACCCAUUCCCAUUGGAGCUUUAUAAUAAAAGGUUCGAGUCGCCAAAUUUCUCUUGGAAAGAACCGAAGAAAAGUUUUCGAUCUUUAGAAAAUUGUGAAAAGUGUACACGGACUAACUCAAAGACAAAUAUUUCUGAGAAAGUGUUGAAUAACAAUUAUCCGAAUGGUAAUGUGAUAAUAUUACCCCAUACCGAUGAAUCACCGAAUGAAGUAGAGACACCAUUGCUAGGAGACGAGAGUGGUUGUAUGGGAGAAGUUGUGCCUGUUAAACGUUGGCGUUCCCUCGAUCAAGUGGUAUCCGUUCCUAGUACAGACAGUGUGCCUGACAAAAAAUCUUCCGCAAGAAAUUCGAUUAGAAGUUGGCUGGUAAAUCUGUUCAGUGGCAAUGGAUUACGCAAUAGCGAUGUUUCGUUAAGAAGGGGUGUUAUAGCAGGUUACGAUAUGCAGUCGGAACGUGAAAGUAUAGUUUGAUGCAAAAUUAUUUGUAUAGUUAAGAAAAGAAGUGAAGGGAAUUCGAACACAAAAUCUCUUGUAAAAGACGAAUGCACAAAAACAUUAUUACAUUUAUGAGUCAUAAGUAUGAUGUAUUGUUGCCAUUUUUUAGCGUAUAGAUAUGUGAAAUGUAUGGGUAUAAAAGUUACCGAUUGUGUAUAUUUUUAAUACCUAGAUAUUUUUAUGGUUUGUAUUAAAGUGCGCUUUAUAUUGGCGGCGAACAUUUUUUUUUUUUUUACAUAGUGCGAGAUUUAUCUGUUAAAAUUUUUAAUUUGAGGAUAUAAUAAAACUAGAAUGACUUUUAUAAAAAUGAUUCUAACCAAAGUAUAUACAAGUACAGAAAUCAUGUAAAAAAAAGUCUAUCACAAGAUAGCACAAACGACUCCCAUUGUAAAUAAAAAAAAUAAAAAAAAAAAAAAAGAAAAA